AUGAGAAAAACCUUAAAUAAGGACUCUUGCACACUCCCCUUACUGCCUGCAAAUGCAAUGGCUGUUCUCAGCGCUCUCCGAUCAUCCAAACUCAUCACCUGGAAGCCCACCGGGAAGCUUCAACAAACCCUAGCAGGAUCUGUCAAGGAAGGUGGGGUGAGGAUUCGGACUGUGGAGCAUUUGCUUUCCGCUUUGGAAGGUGCUGGUGUUGAUAAUUGUAGGAUUGAGAUUGAGAAUUUGGAUGACCAAGAUAAUGAGGCCGAGAUUCCUAUAUUUGAUGGGUCGGCAAGGGAAUGGGUGGAAGCCUUGGAAGAAGUUGGUUUAGAGACGGCAACUGAUAUUGAUGGAAAAAGCUGUGAGAAAACUGCUCCACAUGUGAAUGAACCAGUGCAUGUUUGGAGGAACGAUUCUUUUAUUGCUGCAUUUCCAUCUGAAGUGGUUCGAGUAACUUAUGGCAUAAACUUUCCACAGGCACCUGCUAUUGGCUGCCAGUGGUUUUCUACAACCCCCUUGGAUGAUUUGGUUUAUUCAAUGCAAAUAGCAUUUUCAAGAACUUUCUGCAUCUAUGAGGAGGUUGAGCAAAUGCGCAGUGCUGGACUUAUCAAAGGGGGUUCUCUAGAAAAUGCCAUUGUGUGCAGUAUUAGUAAAGGUUGGUUGAAUCCACCUCUUCGUUUCAGUGAUGAACCAUGUCGUCACAAGAUUUUAGAUCUAAUUGGCGAUCUCUCGCUCUUUGCUCAGUUUGGUAAUCAAGGACUCCCUGUGGCACACAUAGUAGCUUACAAAGGUGGCCAUGCAUUGCAUGUUGAUUUGACACGCCAACUGAUGGGAAUUACGUGA